UUUUCCGCGACGUUUCGUCGACGACCGUCGCAGUGCAUUAUCCGGCGUCGUCGCGUCGACUACCGUUCACGAAGAAGAAGCUUACCCCGUAAACGCGAAAAUCGAUCAAAAACCUGGAGAUCCCAACAACCUCCAAAUUACCACCAAAAAAAAAUUCCUUCAUCUGUAUACAUUAAUCUAAUCGUCCGGUGAAACUAUACGAAUCAAAAAUAUGAUAUUAGUAGUGUUAAAAAAUUGUUCAUCGACGGAAAUCGAAGAAACAAAGAUAGUAACGAUGAAGAGGGUAUUAAGUUAAAGUUGUACUUAAACUUAAAACAGUUUUAAAUAGAGAAAACGUCAAACGCGUUUGGGCCGAUGCCGCGGGGUUAUGUGGAGAAGCGUUUAUUUUUCGUACGGAGGUAACCGUGGUCGUCGACGAAGAGGCGGAGGAUCGUCGAACUAAGAAGAGAAGAGGGUGAGCGAAUUUUCGAAAUAGUGGUGGAAACGGAGAGGGGCGAUUUCGCUGUAAAAAGGGGAAGUAGGGAGCUGAUUUUGGAUCCGCGCGUUACGAGAAAAAUGGACAAGCCGAGGAUAAAUAUGGGCUCAGGUCCACCCCAAAGUCCAGAAACUAUUCCACAAUCAUCAGCACCAGAAUAUCCAACAUUAAUAGUAAUGAUAGCCGUCUUAGCGAUAAUCCUUUUAUUCUGUUUUUGGGGAGCACCUGGAAUCAGAGAUUAUUGUCGAAGAAAUAUCUGUUGUCAUUGUCCGAUGGAUGAACCAAGAGAAACAGAAGGUACCCCAACAGUUGACAGAUCCCCAACCCCAACAAUAAUCCUCCUUCCAUUCGGUAGAAUGUUAGUAAUCGACGGAAACGUAAUAAGAAGAAUCCAAACCGAAGAAGACGGCAUCGAUUUCAUGGAAUUGAGCGCAAAUUUAAUUCGCGCCCAUCAAAGAAGAUACGCGAGCACUCCUAGUAUAUUAGAUUCGGAUACAACCAGUAAAGGAUUAUCUCCGAUCUCUUUAGGAUACUCACCCCCAUCUUAUGAAGAUAUUUUCGGCGACAAAACCCUCGAUUUACCACCGUCUUACAGCGAAUUAUCGCUUUUGUUCAAACAACGCCAGAUACAAAUGGGCGAAUUAACCGAGUUGAGAAGUUUUCAAAGUACGGCCGUUAACAAUAAUAACAAUAAUAGUAACCGAUUGGUUGAAGUACAAGAAACAAAUUUAACUGAAAUUGUCGUAGAAGAAACACCGAUAAAUAAUAACGAUGGUAACGAAAGUGUUGAAGGUGUUGUUGAUAUUUCAGUGCCUUGUGAAUCAUAUCCUCAAGAUUUUUCAAUCGGAAAUUGUAGGUAUUGUAUCAUGAGUUUGGACAACGAACGUAGAGCGAAGAUAAAGUGUUAUUGUCGCGAUGAACCGGAAAUAAACGACGGACCUUGUUCUUCCGCGGACGCCGUUAGAGAUUUUGAUAAAGUGAAAAAAGACGAAACAAGCGAUAUGAAAGAGAGUAGAUUGUAGUAUGUUUAAUAAAAUUAAAUUUAAUUUCAAUAUGCCAUAUUUCUCUGUCAAUUAGACGUUGAGCACAAUAACGAAUAGUCUUAUUAAACCUCGAGGAAAAGAAAAAUAAAGCAUGUAAGAAUAUAAAAGAUAUAAAAUAAAAGAUAAUGUUCGUGUAAAUAAUAGUUUUU